CAUUGAAAGACAACAUAAGAGAGAGAGAGAAUCUGGAACUAGACUGCCUCUGUUUGAAUUUUGACUCUACCACUUACAAGCUUUCUGACCUUGGGCAAGUUACUUGAUUUCUGUGCCUCAGUUUCCUCAUCUGCAAAAUGGAGAUAAUGAUAGUACCUACCUUAUGGGAUUGUUGAGAGGUUGUAACGAGCUAGUAUAUAUAAAUAGAAUAAUGUCUAGCAUAUAAUAUAUCCUAUAUAAGGUCUAGUUAUUAUUAUUUCUGUCACAUAUGCAGUUAAGAUUUUGAGUUCUUUGUUUUAAGUACUGUGUUAAGAACUUGUAUAUAUUAUCUUUUUAAAUUACCACAAUAAUCUUAUAAGUGGUUACACUUCUAUUCUAUAAAUGAGGAAACUGCUUCUACUGUGGGAUCGAUUAAGAAGCAGCAGCCAUGGCUCAGUGCUACCCUGUGAACUUGGGCCUCAGGAAGGGCCACAAGGUGACUAAGAACAUGAGCAGGCCAAGACACAGCCACCCCUAUGGGCAUCUCCCUAAGCACACCAAGUUCCUGCAGGACAUGAUCCGAGAGGUGUGUGUCUUCACCUCAUAUGACUGUUGUGGCAUGGAGCUUCUCAGGGUCUCCAAGGACAAGCAUGUCCUUUAGUUCGUCAAGAAAAGUGCUAAGAGGAAGAGAGGGGAGCUGAGCAACCUACUGGGAGCUGUGAGGAAAGUGGCAGCCAAAAAAGAUUGAACCCCACCCCUAGAGGGGUAAUAGAGCUUUUGGAACUUGAAAAACAAAGAAAGGAAAGAAAGGAAAGAAUAAGGAAAGAAACUGAGGUCCAAAAAUAUUUAGUGUUUUGCCAAUAGGUAAAUGGUACUGCUAAGAUAUGAAUUCCUAGCUGUGUAGUUGAUGAAUGGAAUAUU